AUGGAGGACGUUGGAAAUGAUAUUUUUCAAAUUCUGGUUAGCAAUUCAUUGUUCCAAGAUGUUAUAAGGGAUGAGGAUGGUCACAUCACUCAUUGUAGCAUGCAUGAUCUGUUACAUGAUCUUUCAUUAUCUCUUUUUUACAAACAAGAAGGCUUAUGUGUCGGGUGUGCAGUGAAUGAUGAUAUUUCUCGUGUCGAUAAGGUUAAGCAGCUCAAGCAUCUUGCUGUUUACAACAAACACAACGAGGUCAUUGAAUUUGAAGCCAAGGUUUCUAUGUUCAUUGAAUGGGAUAUGUUGGCUAGAACUUUGCAUACAUUGUUUGUCAAAGAAUUAAAUAUGAUGGAAUUUUCAUUUCAACGACUCAAGUGCAUUCGAAUCCUAAAACUCCAAGGGAAUACUAUAUGGAAGUUAGACGAUUCAAUCGGAGGGUUGGUGCAUCUUAGGUAUCUUGAUUUGUCAAAGACGAUGAUCCAUGUUCUUCCUGAAUCUAUUGGUAAAUUAUACCACUUGCAAACUCUGAGGUUGCGCUCUUUUGUCUUUAAGCAGUUUCCAGAAGCCAUGAGAAAUUUGAUAAGCCUGAGAUAUUUCGUGUGUGACGUAGACAUUCCAGCCAAUAUCUUGGGACAACUGAUUUCUCUUCGAAAAUUGCCAACCUUCAUAGUGCUUAAAAGGAAGGGACAUGGUAUUGAAGUGCUGCGCUAUUUGAAUAACCUUAGCGGAAAGCUUCGUAUUUUCGAUCUAGAAAAUGUGGGAAGCAAAGAGGAUUCUGUUAAGGCAGAAUUAUCUGGAAAAAGAAAAUUAUACGAUAUUGAAUUCAAUUGGAGUAGCAAUGGAGGUGCCAAUAGAAACGACAAGGAAGUAUUGGAAGGCUUGCAACCCCCUAGAGAUGUGAAAAUGUUGAAAAUUUACAAAUUUUCUAGUGAUCAUUUUCCAAAUUGGGUAACAAAGAUGGCAAUCAAUAUUGACGGGAAAUGGACUCCCCUUGACAAGCUCGUGUCAAUCACAUUAUAUGGAUGUAGCAGCUGCCUCUCUCUUCCGACACUUGAGCACCUACCACAUCUUCGGGAGCUGCUGUUAAUGGAAAUGGACAACUUGACAUUUUUAAAGAGUUCCGAUGUUACUGGAUCAAUGAAGCCUCUGUCUCCAUUGUUGAGAUCACUCAAACAAAUACGUAUGGAAAGACUAGAAAAGUGGAUAGACGGAGAAACCAACAGUUCAAAAAUGAUAUCGCCUAUCCUCGAGAGUUUGGAAAUCGAGAGUUGCCCAAAGAUUAUUCUUUUAGAUGAAUGCCAUCCCCAUCCUCUUGUGUCCUUAAGGAUAUGUGACUGCACAGGUCUGGAGUACAUUAAGAGCAUACAAGGCCUCACAUCUCUCGUAUCAUUAGAAAUUUCCUAUUGCCAAAGUCUUACAGAAAUAACCAAUUUGCCCAACCAGUGUCAUUCUUUGAAGACUUUGCAAAUUAAACAUUGCUACGAACUGCAGACAUUGCCUUGCAAAAUGUUUAAUUGUUAUGCCUUCUUGAAUGAGUUGAUACUUGGUCCGUUCUCCAAGGAGCUCGAUUCUUUCCCAAGUCUCCAAUGCAUUGAAAAGUUAAGGAACCAGUUUCACUCAUUGGAACUGUAG